AUGGCGCCGGCUUUGCCCAUCAAGUUCACGGAGCUCCUCCAGUUGACCAGCGCUCCCGUUAACGUUGAUCAACAAUCAAUUGGAUUCAACUCAUGUACCCUCGAAUCUGAUUCCUUUAUUUGUGUGCGUGAAAAGAAGAAUGACGCUGCCCAACCCGAAGUCAUAAUUAUCGACCUCAAAAACAACAAUAAUGUCAUGCGCAGACCGAUCAAAGCAGACAGUGCUAUUAUGCACUGGACAAAACAGGUUAUUGCGUUGAAGGCACAACAGAGAACACUUCAGAUCUUCGAUCUAGGAGCCAAGGCCAAGCUGAAGUCAACAACCAUGAAUGAGGAUGUUGUGUUCUGGAAGUGGUUCAGCGAAACAAGCUUAGGCUUGGUAACAGAAACUGCUGUUUAUCACUGGGAUGUGUUUGAUCCAAACCAGCCAGCUCCAGUUGAAGUGUUUAAGAGAAACCAGAACCUGGUUGGCUGCCAAAUCAUCAAUUACCGUGUCGGCGACGAUGGAAAAUGGAUGGUUGUAAUUGGGAUCACACAGCAACAAGGACGAGUGGUUGGCGCCAUGCAGCUCUAUUCGCGGGACCGUGGCAUCAGUCAAGCUAUCGAGGGACAUGCUGCUGCUUUCGGCACACUGCGACUGGAAGCUUCCCCUGCAGACACGAAGCUCUUCACAUUUGCUGUCCGAACCGCUACUGGCGCAAAGCUGCACAUUGUGGAAGUCGACCACCAAUCGUCGAACCCCGUCUUUGCGAAAAAGGCUGUAGACGUUUAUUUCCCCGCAGAAGCUGUAAACGACUUUCCAGUUGCUAUGCAGGUUUCCCAAAAGUACAGCAUCAUCUAUCUGGUCACUAAGUAUGGUUUCAUCCACCUUUAUGACUUGGAGACUGGAACCUGCAUUUUCAUGAAUCGCAUCUCGAGCGAGACCAUCUUCAUUACUGCUUCCGACUCCGAGUCUUCCGGGAUUGUGGGCAUCAACCGCAAGGGACAAGUGCUGUCUGUUGCUGUUGAUGAAACCACCAUCAUCCCCUAUCUCCUCCAAAACCCUGCCAACUCCAGCUUGGCAGUCAAACUCGCAUCUAGAGCUGGUCUUCCUGGUGCGGACAACCUCUAUGCACAGCAAUUCGAUCAACUCUUAUCCUCUGGUAACUAUGGCGAGGCUGCUAAGAUUGCCGCUAAUUCACCCCGUGGCUUCCUUCGAACCGCUCAAACUAUCGAACGAUUCAAGUCACUGCCAGCUGUCCCCGGCCAACUGUCAGUCAUCCUUCAGUAUUUCGGUAUGCUUCUUGAUAAGGGAACCCUCAACAAACACGAGACUCUCGAGCUGGUGAGACCAGUUCUUGCCCAGCAACGAAAGCAUCUUCUUGAGAAAUGGUUGAAGGAGAAUAAGCUGGAUUGUUCAGAGGAAUUAGGUGAUGUUGUUCGGCCACACGAUUUGAACCUUGCUCUCAGCAUAUAUCUCCGCGCAAACGUUUCUCCAAAGGUUGUUGCAGCAUUGGCAGAAACAGGCCAAUUUGAGAAAAUCCUGCCUUACGCCACACAAGCCGGAUACCAGCCAGACUAUGUACAGUUGCUUCAAAACAUUGUGCGAAUCAACCCCGAGAAGGGAGCAGAGUUUGCAACCCAACUGGCAAACAAUGAAGGCGGAUCAUUGGUUGACAUCGAGCGUGUGGUUGAUGUUUUCCAGGCUCAAGGCAUGGUUCAACCAGCCACGGCAUUCCUGCUUGAUGCUCUCAAGGAUAACAAACCAGAGCAAGGACACUUGCAGACUCGCCUCCUGGAGAUGAACUUGAUCAAUGCUCCUCAAGUCGCCGAUGCUAUUCUUGGUAAUGAUAUGUUCUCGCAUUAUGAUAGACCACGUAUUGCACAGCUCUGUGAGCAAGCUGGUUUGUUUCAACGAGCAUUGGAACACUACGAUGACCCUGAGGCUAUCAAGCGGGUAAUGAUUAACAUUGUUGCGACACCCAACUUUUCUCAGGACUGGUUGACGACUUUCUUCGGCCGCUUGUCCCUCGAGCAGUCCUUAGACUGUCUCGAUGCCAUGCUGAAGUCAAAUAUCCGCCAAAAUCUUGGUGCUGUUGUCCAGAUUGCAACCAAAUACUCCGAUCUCCUUGGCCCCACACGAUUGAUUGAUCUCUUUGAGAAAUACAAGACGGCCGAAGGUCUCUUCUAUUAUCUUGGAAGUAUCGUCAACCUCAGCGAGGAUCCUGAUGUGAACUUCAAGUACAUCGAAGCCGCUACCAAGAUGAGCCAGUUCACUGAAGUGGAGAGGAUUUGCCGCGAUUCUAGACCCCUUCUCCUCAUCGAUGCUGUCGCAUCAACACAACACCACUACAGCUCCUCCAAGUUGCGCACCGAAAGCCUCCGAAGAAGUGAUCAGAAAUCAGGACACUGUCCAUUCUCAGCUCGCUCCUCGUUCCUUGGGCUCUCUUGGACUGCUCCAAGCAAGAUGGCUUCCAAGGCAUCCAACAUCCUCGAGUACGUGGUCGGUCAAGUCUGGAGUCUUCUCACCCUCACGCCUGCCAGACGGCAAAACCCAAUCUUCAAUAUGAUCCUUUCUACUCGAGAUGUGGUGGAGCAGAUCUUGGCAGACUCGCUCCUCGUCUUUGCUCCAGGUCUUUUGGACGUUGUCCGAUCUCCUACUCCACCUUCUGUGGCCUACUUUAAGAGCCUACCGACAGAUGUCACUAAGCAUUGGGCUGUCUACCUUCUUGUGCUCGAGAAACCAGGCUGUGGACCUAAAAUCUACAUCGGCUCAGGUACUGGUGAGCUUCGUGGUGUAGUCACUCGAUUCUAUCACUACGACAACAAGACGCAUCUGCCUCGAUAUAUCCAGCACGCUUUAGACGACGGGUACAUGAUAGUGCACAAAGGACUUCUCUGUUGGUGCCCUAUCCCAACCGCCACGAACCGAUUUGUGGUCCGCGCCAUAUUUCUCGCUGUCGAAGCUGUCUUCUCUAUCGUGCUCUGUGCUAUGAGACAUCAGCAAAGGCACCGUGGCAUCCCCUCCCUUGGUCCUUGGGCCCGCGAAGACGUGCAGUACGAUGGUUGUUGCACCCACUCCUCCAUAGCCGAAUACAUUCCAGGCCAGACCGACGCUCUUACUCCUGAGCAAACCGUAGCCAAGGAAGUCGAAAUGAAGCACAGACGUCUUCAGCAAAAACAGAUCUACGUAACCAAUACGAGGGACACUAAAAAGUACUUUUGCGAUAUCUGCCAAAGUACCUUUACCUAUUCAAACGAGCUGGUUAAGCACAAAGCCACCAAAAAGCACAUCAACAAUGCUGCUGGCGUCAUCAGAGUUGUCAAAGCCCCUGGAUAUGAUAAAUGGGCCUCAAAAAACAUUGCUUCACGGAAACAUCACUGCUCCAUUUACUUUUUUAAUCCCGAGAAGGUCAAAAACUUCUUGAAGGAGGCUAAAUUGACCGAACAAUUGCCUCUGAUCAUUGUUUGCGAUCGAUUCAAUUUCAUUCAUGACUUGGUCCUUUACCUUUACCAGAACCAGCAAUUCAAGUCAAUUGAGGUUUAUGUUCAGCGUGUCAACCCAGCUCGGACACCCGCCGUCGUUGGUGGCUUGCUUGACGUGGAUUGCGAUGAGUCUAUUAUCAAGAAUCUUCUCCAAACUGUCAAUCCUGCUUCUAUCCCGAUCGAUGAGCUCGUGGCUGAGGUGGAAUCUCGAAACCGCCUGAAGCUACUCCUGCCAUUCCUAGAAGCCACUCUAGCAGCAGGCAACCAGCAGCAAGCAGUCUACAAUGCGCUGGCUAAGAUCUACAUCGACAGCAACAACAAUCCAGAGAAGUUCCUGAAGGAGAAUGAUAACUACGAUCCUUUGACUGUCGGAAAGUACUGUGAGAAGCGUGAUCCUAAUCUUGCCUACAUUGCAUAUCGCAAGGGUCAGAAUGAUCUUGAGCUGGUCAAUAUUACGAACGAGAACUCCAUGUUCAAGGCGCAAUCUCGCUAUAUCCUUGAGAGAGCUGACCGUGAGUUGUGGUCAUUUGUGCUUAGCCACAACAACAUUCACCGCCGCUCUGUGGUCGACCAAGUCAUUUCGACAGCCGUCCCAGAGUCCACAGAACCCGACAAGGUCUCUGUUGCCGUAGCCUCCUUCCUCCAGGCUGACUUGCCCGGCGAGCUGAUCGAGCUUCUGGAGAAGAUCGUUCUUGAGCCGUCUCCGUUCAGCGACAAUGAAAACCUGCAGAACCUUCUUAUCCUCACAGCGACCAAGGCUGACAAGGCCCGUGUCAUGGAUUAUAUCCACAGACUCGACGCCUACAAUGCACCUGACAUUGCCAACAUCUGUAUCGAGGUCGGGUUAUUCGAGGAAGCUUUCGAGGUUUACAAGAAGAUCAAUGACCACAAGAAUGCAGCCAAUGUUCUCGUGGAGCACGUUGUCAGCAUCGAUCGUGCACAGGAGUAUGCUGAACGUGUCGAACUCCCAGAGGUUUGGAGCAGAGUUGCCAAGGCUCAGCUAGACGGUCUUCGUGUCACUGAUUCUAUCGCCUCUUACAUCCGUGCUGAGGAUCCCAGCAACUACAAUGAAGUCAUCGAAAUUGCCACUCACGCUGGCAAGGACGAAGAUCUCAUCAAGUUCCUUCGUAUGGCAAGAAAGACUCUCCGAGAACCUCCUAUCGAUACUGCCUUAGCUUUUGCCUUUGCUCGAACCGACCAACUGAGUGAGUUGGAGGACUUCUUGCGAGGCACCAAUGUUGCCGACAUCGAAGAGUCCGGUGACAAGGCCUAUGCUGAAGGAUAUCAUCAAGCUGCGAAGAUCUUCUACAGCAGCAUCUCGAACUGGGCCAAGCUGGCAACUACCCUUGUUCACCUCGAAGAUUACCAAGCCGCUGUUGAAUGUGCACGAAAGGCGAACAACAUCAAGGUUUGGAAGCAGGUUAAUGCUGCUUGUGUGGACAAGAAGGAGUUCAGAUUGGCGCAGAUCUGCGGCUUGAACUUGAUCGUUGACGCUGAGGAGCUUCAAGGUUUGGUUAAGCAAUAUGAGCGAAAUGGUUAUUUCGACGAGCUCAUCGCUCUCCUGGAGCAGGGUCUUGGCCUUGAGCGUGCUCACAUGGGCAUGUUCACUGAACUUGGCAUUGCCCUGUCGAGGUAUCAUCCAGAUCGCGUGAUGGAGCACCUGAAGCUCUUCUGGGGCCGUAUCAACAUCCCAAAGAUGAUCCGGGCCUGCGAGGAGGCACAUCUCUGGCCAGAACUUGUCUUCCUUUACUGCCAUUAUGAUGAGUGGGACAAUGCAGCCCUUGCCAUGAUGGAGCGAGCUGCCGACGCUUGGGAGCACCACUCGUUCAAGGACAUCGUCGUCAAGGUUGCCAAUCUGGAAAUUUAUUACCGGGCACUCAGCUUUUAUCUCCAACAGCAACCCUCCCUCCUUACCGACCUCCUUCAAGCCUUGACGCCCCGAAUCGAUGUCAACCGUGUUGUCAAGAUGUUCGAAAAGUCAGACAACAUUCCUCUCAUCAAGCCUUUCCUCCUCAACGUUCAAUCGCAGAACAAGAAGACUGUCAACAGUGCGAUCAACGAUCUUCUGAUCGAGGAGGAAGACUACAAGACUCUGCGCGAUUCGGUCGAGAACUAUGACAACUACGAUCCCGUCGAGCUUGCCCAGCGAUUGGAGCACCACGAUCUGGUCUUCUUCCGCCAGAUCGCGGCCAACAUCUACCGCAAGAACAAGCGAUGGGAGAAGUCUAUUGCGCUUUCCAAGCAAGACAAGCUCUUCAAGGAUGCUAUUGAGACCGCCGCGAUGUCUGGAAAGUCGGAUGUUGUUGACGAGCUACUGAGAUACUUUGUUGAUAUCGGCAGCCGCGAAUGCUAUGUUGGCAUGCUCUACGCUUGCUACGAUCUUAUUCCAGUGGCCACUGUCAUGGAGAUCUCAUGGCGCCAUGGUCUUACGGACUACACGAUGCCAUUCAUGAUCAAUUACCUUGCGCAGCAGAGCUCGACGAUUGAGAUGUUGAAGAAGGACAACGAGGAGCGCAAGUCGCGGGAGAAGUCGCAGGAGACGGAUGAGAGCAGCACACCUAUCCUCGGCGGCAACCGGCUGAUGAUCACGGCUGGUCCCGGCGGCCGUACCUCGCCUGCUCCCUUCGCGCAGACGAACGGCUUCGCUCCGCAGCAAACAGGCUAUUCGAACUUCUGA